AUGACCGGCGUUGCAAAGAUUCCCGUCAUCGACAUCUCCAAUGACAACCAAGACCAGGCCCGAGUGGCCAAGGAGCUGGUCGAGGCCGCUAUCGAGCAUGGCUUCAUCUAUAUAAAGAACACGGGCAAAGAUAUUCCCGUCGAGGACGUCGACGCUGCGUUCGAAUUGGCCAGGAAGCUGUUCAAGGAGACGCCCGUGGAGGAGAAGCAAGCAUGCACCAUCCAAAAGAACAAUCGAGGUUGGUCAGCUAUGCACUAUGAGACCCUCGAUCCCAAAAACCAGCGUGUCGGUGAUUUCAAGGAGGCCUUCAACUUCGGCGAACCCUCCCAACAAGGUCACCUCCAACAACCCAUCCCCCCCACCAUCCGCUCCGCAGAACCUUUCAUCUCCCGCUUCCACACCCUCUGCCACCACCUCUCUCUCCGCCUCAACACCCUUUUGGGCCAGGGCCUCUUCGUCUCCCCUCCCGAUUUCUUCACCUCUGCUCACCUGCGCGAGAACGGGGCAUCUGGCACCAUCCUGCGAUUACUCUAUUACCCUGCCCCGUCCUCCAUAGCUGCAGAAGAAAAAGGAGAUGGGGACGUUCGAGCGGGGGCUCAUUCCGAUUACGGAAGUAUGACGCUGUUGUUCAGGUUGAAAGGCCAAGCAGGCCUCGAGAUCCAGACGCGCGAGGGAAACUGGGUGCCUGUCCCCGUUUGUCCCCCAGGCACAGAAACGGAUCCGGCUCCGCCGAUUCUGGUGAAUAUUGGCGAUUUGUUGAGUUAUUGGACCAAUGGGUUGUUGAGGAGCACGGUUCAUCGGGUUGUUUUCCCGAGUGCAGCAGGGAGUACGGUGGAGGGAGAGACGGGAGGGGAAGAGAGGUAUAGUAUUGCUUAUUUCUGUCAUCCGGUGGGGACCAUGAAGUUGGAGCCGGUGCCUAGUGAGAGGGUGAGAGCGUUUGGCGAGGAGCAGAAUGGGAAGGGGGUGAUUAAUGGGGAGAGGAAGAUGUUGACUGCUGAUGAGCAUUUGAAUAUGAGAUUGCAGGCGAGUUAUUUGAAGUUGUAUGAGGAUGAGAAGAAGGACUGA